AGCGUGCUCGUCUCGUUUAGGAUGGAAGGUGCACUGAUAGCAAUGACUAUGACGCUGACGAUGCUGCUGUGGCCGCCAUCCCUGGCUGUCCAGAGUGCGUUCUACACGAGAGUUCUGGUGUCGGAAGCGAAGAUCACUGGUUCCCAGCUCCUCGAACCCGUCCUCAUGACCCUGGGCUCUUCGCACACUCUCCGGUGCUCACUGAUCUGCAGCCUCCAGUCUUGGUGUGACCUGUGGUGCUCUGACGCCUCCACAGACCAGUGCUUACUCUCCAACAUGAUCGUCUUGCCAAACUACGAGGAGGAUUCCACUACCGAUGCGCUCGUCUGCUACACUCAACGCCGCAAGGACUACGCCACUGGAGCUACCAUCCAGACCGCGACUGUUUAUUACACUGCUCCCCUGAGGGUGGGGGGAAACCUCGUGGACGGAAUCUACGAUCGCUUCACACUAAACGCAUGUUUCACAAGCGCGAAUGACGUUACGAAUCCCUGGUUCGUGCUCGACUUCGGGGCUCCGGUGUCCCUCCGAUCCGUCACGCUCUUUUCCCAGCCGAGCGGACAGACAUAUAUGCCGACCUACUUGGCGAAUCUGGAGGUCCGAGUAGGAAUGUCCCCUGUGGCCACGCUCGGGGAUUUCAGUUCCUAUGCUUUCUUCGGGAUUUUCAUCGGGCCUGCGUCUUCAUUCAGCCAGGAAAUUGUGAUCGAGGCCACUUCGCCCAUGACCGCCAGGUUUCUGUCGCUACAGAAAAUCAGCGGAACUGGCCACAUCCAGAUCUGCCAUCUUGAAGUCCGUUAGGGGCCCGCGCGUGACGUCAUGCGAUCUAGCAAGCAUUACAGGCGCCUUGUGAUAUUAACGUCUGUCCAGAGUAAAAGUCAGUGCAUGUGUAGGGUUAAGGGUUAUUGCAUUUAGACAGCAUUUAAGUCAAACAGGAACAGAGCGGAUGAGUCGAGGUUAAAAAAGAAUCAACAAUGAUGAGACGAAUAAGGUUAAACAACAGUCCCGAAAUGAUUUGACUAAAGGUGUCCUCUAAUUUCUAUCAAGUACUUUUUUUAAUUACUCUUCUUGAUCCCGAAGCAAUUAGUUGUAUGUGUGUGUGUGUCCGUGCGUGUGUGUAUGUGUAUGUAUGUAUAUAUGUGUAUGCAUUUUUGUGUAUGAGUGUGUACAAUGCAAGUUUACUAGUCACUCGUAUUUAGGUUCGUCAUUUGUCCCCACUCGACAAGAGCCACACUCCCAUGAUUGUUUUUUUUUCCCCUAAAUUACACUUUUGUAGCUCUGGUCGUGGCUGAAAAAAUGCUCCUAGUAUAGUUGAUUUUUUUUUACUCUUUUUCUUUAGGGGGAGGGGGAGGGGGGGGCUUGCAGCGCCUCGGAAACUGAUUUUUUGUGCCCUUUUCGCUCGCCAACCUUACCCCCUACACCCCCACCCCACCCCAACCAAGAAAAAUCUAAAAUGACGUCCCUGUCCGUAUUGUCAUUGACACACCCAAACGCGCUAUUUUAUUUAUCAUAUUUCUAUAUUGACUACAAACCCACACCCAAAGGCGCUAUUUUAUUUAUUACAUUUCUUUAUCCACGAGAGAUCCAUAUUAGCCCCGAAAAAAGACACAGGAUCUGGCCAAAAAAGACCUAUAGGUUUUAGUAGCCUGUCAGAGACGGACAGUGGGAUCCGAGCUUAAAGGAAUCCUAAUUUUGUUGGAGACCAUGAAAGAGGGACCUUUUUUUUCAUUUUCUCCGCAGUCGAAGGCAACCAAUUUUCUUUCCCACGUGUAAAGAAGAGUUAAAAUAAACUCUUUCCUCGUACUGUAUCCUCUCUCGUGUAAAGAAGAGUUAAGAUCAAUUUUUUUUCUUCGUACUGUAUCCCCCUUCUUGUGGAGGAUAUAUUUUUACACUCUGAUAAGAACAAUACGACGCAGAUUGAUUGUGUUUCACAUAUUGUAGCAUGUUUAUGAAUCAGUUCACGCCACGGUUCUACCCCAUCCUCUCUCCGCUUGUGUCAUUCAACGCUAAUAAAUGUAUUGAUAAAAGAAAAUGCUCAGAUAUAGUUAAUCAAGCCGAAGAGUGAGUGUGCCAACGCAUCCAAUUCCACGCGAUCAGUUAUGUAAUAUCAUUUUAAUUAAUGGAAAUGUUUCCAUAGAACUGCAGUUGCCUUAAAACGCCUGUGUUAUUCAUUAUUGCAAACUUUUGCCAAACAAGCUCACAUUUGAAUUUGUACUGUUUGCAAGUUUGGAAUUUUUUGUAUGCUU